GUGGGUAGAGAGGGGAGUGAACCACAGUCAGGGGCGGUGAAUGAGGAAGCCCUUUUUCUCCGUCUGACAACUUCAACCUUCACACCCAUCGCACUUCACCAUCUGGACAAAUCUGUUCCACCUCUACCUGUUCUACUUGGAGUUGUAACAAUGGCUAUGGUAGCAGAGUUUCUUGGACAGCUCACCAUCAACACUGGGGUUGAUGAACCCAAGUUUCCAACUGUUCUAGCUGCUCGGGACUUUGACCCAGACAAAGAUGCUGCCAGAAUAGAGACAGCUAUCAAAACCAAAGGAGUAGAUGAGCAGACCAUCAUUGAUGUUCUAACGAAACGAACGUACGCCCAGAGAAGAGAGAUUGCGUUUGCAUUUGAAAGAAGGGCGAAGAAGGAUAUGAUCGCAUCCCUCAAGGGGGCGCUCUCGGGUUCUCUGGAAUCACUGAUUCUUGGUUUAAUGAAGAGCACGUCUCAGUAUGACGCCUCAGAAAUCAGAGGAUCCAUCAAGGGCUUAGGAACAGACGAGGAAACGCUGAUUGAGAUUUUGUGCUCGCGCAGCAACAGUGAGCUGCUGGAGAUUAAGACGGUUUACAAGGACCUGUUCAAGAAGGAGCUGGACAAAGACGUUGCCGGUGACACCUCUGGAAAUUUUGCCAAACUUCUCUUGGCUUUGGUGCAGACCAAGAGGGACGAACCAGGCUCUGUUGUUGACUACGAGAAGGUGGAUUCAGAUGCCAGAGCACUCUACGAGUCCGGCAUUAAGAUAAAGGGCACAGAUGUAGCCACCUGGAUCUCCAUUAUGUCUGAGCGAAGUGUACCACACCUGCAGAGAGUGUUUCAGAGGUACAGGAACUACAGCCCGUACGACAUGCAGGAGAGUAUUACCAAGGAAGUGAAGGGAGACUUACAGAAGUCCUUCCUGGUACUAGUUCAGUGCUUUGAAAACAAGCAGUUGUUCUUUGCCAACAAACUGAACGAAGCCAUGAAGAGUAAAGGAGCCAAAGAGAAGGUGGUGACCAGGAUCAUCGUGUCACGCUGUGAGGUGGAUCUGAGAAAGAUCUGUUCCGAAUACAAGGCCAACCAUGGACAGUCGCUGCAAAAGACCAUUCUGGAACACACUAAGGGAGACUAUCAAAAGGCUUUGCUCAGCCUGUGUGGACCAGAGGUGUAACAAAAAAUAGUCAGAAGCAUUUUGUUUUCUUCCUUUUCUGCACACAAAUAUAGAAUACACGUCAUUCACGGUGAUCACAUGAAGAAUCUGUACUUUUGUUCUACCAGACAGACAAUAAAGUCGCGCUCUUGGAGUAUUGUUUCUACACAUGACGUGGGUUAAUUUACUUGACGUACACUGGGGCAUCCACUGGAUGGCGCCAGAGUAACGUAUAUGCGCUAAAACCGUUGCAGACACGAACUUGUCAAAUCUUUAACGUGAUAUAGAAAAUAGGCACAAUAAAAAUGUAAAUACAAUUUCUAUAUAAGAAUAUUAAAACUCAAAUGAAAAAAAA